UUUUUCUCAUCUAUCAGAUACGACCAUCACUCCAAAAACCAUGUCGCCAACAACUACCUUCGCAAUUCUGGUCAUCGUCAGCAAUGUCAUCUCCUUGGCCCUCGCUUCUGAUCCGGACACGCUUCAAGACCUCUGCGUUGCUCUUCCCUCUUCAAGUGUGAAGGUGAACGGGUAUGCGUGCAAAGACGAGGCAAACGUGACGGCAGCUGAUUUCUUCUUCGACGGGUUAGCGAAGCAGUCGGUGAUACUUGAUAAUAACACUGCGGGGCUUGCGGUAAAGCUAGCCACGGUGGAUCAAAUUCCAGGACUCAACACAUUAGGGUUAUCUUUGGCAAGGGCUGAUUAUAGAGAUGGAGGGUUCACCCCGCCUCACACUCAUCCACGCGCCACCGAGAUCGUGUUUGUGUUGGAGGGAGAAUUGCAGGCCGGAUUUAUCAUCACCUCCACCAAGCACUUCACCAAGACCCUUAAAAAAGGCGAAGUUUUUGUUUUUCCGAAGGGCUCGCUUCACUAUCUGAAGAACAUUGGGAAGACUCCUGCUUCUCAUAUUGUAGCCUUCAAUAGUCAAAAUCCUGGAGCUUUGUUCAUAGAACCAGCUCUGUUCAGUGCGACGCCGAGUGUGCCUGAUGAUGUGCUCGCCAAGACCUUCCAGAUCAGUGUUGAAGAGGUUGAACAAAUCAAGAACCCUAAAGCCUAAACGGAGCGCCUGAUCCUGUUUUUCUCAGGGACCAGACCAGGUGUCUCCGCUUCCCUUCUCUCCACUUCUUUGCACCUCUCUCUAGUCAUUCUAGAAUUAAAAUUUCAACGACUCAGAUUUAACUUUUGACAGAAUUAUUAUUUUAAUUUUCUAUAAAGAUAUAUAAAUAAAUUUAAACUAAUAAAUUUUAAUCUAAAUCAUUAUAAACGAUGAUAUUUUAUUUACAUAUCUUAUAUAAAUUAAAUUAAUAAUUUUAUUAAAAAUUAAACUUGAGUCAUUGAAAAAUUUUAAUUUAUGGGUGAUUAGAAAAAAAUGAAGGAAAAUGGAGGGGAGGGAAGUGGAGACACCCUCUCCCUGUUUUCCUCUUUCUUUUUUCUUUUUUUUUUUUUCAUUAAAGAGAGAUCGUGAUGGUUCUGUGGCAAGUAUUCUUUGGGCAUGUUCCGUUCUUGCGGGUAUGUAUCAUGAUGACUACUCUAAAAUAAUUGUGCGCGUUCAAUCC